AAUGAUCCAAUGACCCAACUAAUCGCUUAUUUUCCAACACAGGUAACCGCGACAGACGGUGACAAGGACAGACCGCAGAACAUCGUCUACUUCCUGACAGGACAGGGAAUUGAUCCCGAUAAUCCCGCUAACAGCAAGUUCGACAUAAAUAGGACCACCGGGGAGAUAUUUGUCCUGAAGCCUCUUGACCGAGACCAACCGAACGGCAGACCACAAUGGCGAUUUACGGUGUUCGCGCAAGACGAGGGAGGCGAAGGCCUAGUCGGCUACGCUGACGUCCAGGUCAACCUCAAGGACAUCAACGACAACGCCCCUAUAUUCCCGCAGGGUGUCUACUUCGGCAACGUCACCGAGAACGGCACCGCAGGCAUGGUGGUGAUGACCAUGACAGCCGUCGAUUACGACGAUCCCUCUGAAGGCACCAACGCGAGGCUAGUCUACUCCAUCGAGAAGAACGUCAUAGAAGAAGAAACAGGCUCGCCCAUCUUCGAGAUUGAACCCGAAACAGGUGUAAUCAAAACAGCGGUGUGCUGUUUGGAUAGAGAAAGAACGCCGGACUACUCCAUACAAGUAGUGGCGAUGGACGGUGGAGGGCUGAAAGGAACGGGAACCGCCUCUAUUCGAGUCAAAGACAUCAACGACAUGCCACCACAAUUCACCAAAGACGAGUGGUUCACUGAAGUUGACGAAACUGACGGCACCACGCUACCCGAGAUGCCUAUUCUGACGGUAACCGUACACGACGAAGACGAGACCAACAAGUUCCAGUACAAGGUGAUCGAAAACUCCGGCUAUGGCGCAGAUAAGUUCACCAUGGUGCGCAAUAAUGACGGCACCGGGUCUUUAAAGAUCGUCCAACCGCUAGACUACGAAGACCUGUUGCAGAGCAAUGGCUUCCGCUUCCGCAUUCAAGUCAACGACAAAGGCGAAGAUAAUGACAACGACAAAUACCACGUCGCGUAUUCGUGGGUGGUGGUGCGACUGCGAGACAUUAACGACAACAAGCCGCAAUUCGAACGACCCAACAUCGAAGUCUCGGUGUUCGAGAACGCCGAGGUCGGCAAGAGCUUAGAGACCUUCAAGGCUACAGAUCCCGACCAAGGGGGUAAGAGCAAAGUGUCCUACGCCAUCGAUAGGAGUUCGGACCGCAAGCGGCAAUUUUCGAUCAAUCAAGAGGGCACCGUGAGCAUCCAGCGGUCGUUGGAUCGAGAGGAUACUCCGAGACACCAAGUCAAGAUUCUAGCCAUCGACGAUGGCAUACCGCCGAAAACUGCCACAGCUACCUUGACUGUCAUCGUCCAGGACAUCAACGACAACGCUCCCACGUUCCUGAAGGACUAUCGCCCUGUAGUUCCCGAGCACGUGCCACCUAGAAAGGUCGUGGAACUAUUGGCAACCGAUGACGAUGACAGGUCGAAAAGCAACGGUCCUCCCUUCCAAUUCAGGCUCGACCCAAGUGCGAGUGACAUCGUGAGAGCUUCCUUCAAAGUCGAGCAAGAUCAAAAGGGUGCUAACGGCGACGGCAUGGCAAUCAUAACCUCCUUGCGAUCCUUCGACAGAGAACAGCAAAAAGAAUAUUACAUUCCUAUCGUGAUAAAAGACCACGGCAACCCGGCGAUGACAGGUACCAGUACCCUCACAGUAGUCAUUGGUGACGUUAACGACAACAAAAUGCAACCGGGAUCUAAAGAAAUAUUCGUCUACAACUACCAAGGCCAGGCGCCAGACACAGAGAUAGGGAGGGUGUAUGUCUACGAUCUCGACGACUGGGAUUUGCCCGAUAAGAAGUUCUAUUGGGAAGGAAGCGAACACCCGCAUUUCAGGCUGAACGACGACACAGGCAUGAUUUCCAUGAGACAUGGCACUCGCGACGGCACUUACCACCUGAAGUUCAAAGUGUACGAUAGGAAGCAUACGCAGACCGAUGUACCUGCCAACGUAACGGUAACCGUCAAAGAAAUACCUCAUGAGGCUGUGGUCAACUCCGGCUCCGUACGUAUAGCCGACUUGACAGACGAGGAGUUCAUACGCAUAUGGGACUACCACUCCCAAAGCUUAUCAAAGAGCAUGUCCGAGAAAUUCAGGGACAAGAUCGCAGACUUGUUGAAUAUCCCGCGGGAGAACGUGGACGUUUUCAGCGUUCAGUUGAGAAGGAAGCAUCCACCCGUUACCGAUGUGAGAUUCGCUGCUCACGGCUCCCCCUACUACAAACCGGUCCGUCUCAAUGGCAUAGUUCUGAUGCACCGCGAAGAGAUCGAGCGAGCCGUCGGCAUAAACAUCACCAUGGUGGGAAUUGACGAGUGCUUGUACGAGAACCAGAUGUGCGAGGGUUCCUGUACCAACACUCUCGACAUAAGUGCCUUGCCUUACAUGGUGAAUGCCAACAAAACAGCUCUGGUCGGUGUCAGGGUAGACGUCCUAGCAGAAUGCACGUGCGGGGCAAGAAACUUUAGUAAAGAAGAAAAUUGCAGGAACACACCUUGCUACAAUGGUGGGAGAUGUAUAGAAACCCGGUAUAGUCUAUCGUGUUCGUGUCCAGCCGGAUACAAUGGACCACGUUGCCAGCAGACUUCACGUAGUUUCCGGGGUAACGGAUGGGCAUGGUAUCCAGCGCUAGAGAUGUGCGAUAAAUCCCACCUACACUUUGAAUUUAUCACUCGGAAGCCUGAUGGAUUGUUGUUGUACAACGGUCCGAUAGUACCGCCAGAAAAAGACGAGCUCAUGGUUUCAGAUUACAUCGCCAUCGAGCUCGAACGUGGUUUCCCACGACUGCUUCUCGAUUUUGGCUCGGGGACUUUAGAACUUCGAGUCAAAACGAAGAAGUCUCUCGACGACGGCGAAUGGCAUAGGCUUGACAUAUUUUGGGACACGGAGAACGUCAGAAUGGUGAUCGAUUACUGCAAGUCCGCUGAUAUAUCCGAGAUGGAGGACGGCACUCCUCCCGAAUUCGAUGAUUCCAGUUGUCAAGCUCAAGGCACUAUCCCUCCCUUCAACGAAUACCUCAACGUCAACGCUCCCCUUCAACUAGGAGGUUUGUACGUGGAACAGUUCGACCCGACUCACUAUCACUGGCAGUACAUGCCGGUAGGAAAGUCUUUCGACGGUUGCAUACGAAACCUGUUUCACAACUCGAAGCUCUAUGACUUGGCUCACCCAGGUCUAUCGAGGCAUAGCGUGCCCGGCUGUCCUCAAACCGAAGAAAUGUGCGGUCGAUCGGACACGACUUCGCGAUGUUGGGAACACGGUACUUGCAUCGGAAGCUUCAACGAGGCCAAAUGCCAGUGCCACCCUGGCUUCACUGGUCCAGCUUGUACUCAUGCUACGAUUCCGACGUCUUUCAAGCCACAGUCCUACGUUAAGUACGCACUCAGUUUCGAGCCGGACCGGUUUUCCACACAAAUGCAACUGAAAUUCAGGACGCGAGAAGAACACGGCGAACUUUUCAGAGUCUCUGACCAGCACAAUCGCGAAUACGCCAUUUUGGAAAUAAAGGAUUCGCGUCUCUAUUUCAGAUACAAUCUGAACUCGUUGAGAACCGAAGAGAAAGACAUAUGGCUGAGUGCGGUACCGGUGGAUGACGGACAAUGGCACGUGGCUCGAGUGAGUAGGUACGGAUCAGCAGCCACUCUGGAACUGGACGGAGGCGAAGGAAGAAGGUAUAACGAGACGUUCGACUUCAAUGGUCACCAGUGGUUGUUGGUGGACAAGCAGGAAGGAGUGUAUGCUGGAGGUAAAGCAGAGUAUACAGGGGUGCGAACUUUCGAAGUCUACGCCGAUUAUCAGAAAGGAUGUCUGGACGAUAUUCGUUUGGAAGGAAAACAUUUGCCAUUGCCACCGGCUAUGAACGGUACUCAAUGGGGUCAGGCGACGAUGGCUCGAAAUUUGGAGAAGAAUUGCCCUUCAAAUAAACCGUGCGCGAACGUUAUUUGCCCGGAACCUUUCGAAUGUGUGGAUCUUUGGAACGAUUAUGAGUGCACAUGUCCCCAAGGUUACAAAUUCCACGAGAGCACAUGCGUCAACGAGAACGAGUGCAUGUGGCUACCAUGCGUUAACGGCGGCAUUUGCAAGGACUACGAGCCGCCUCUCAGGUACGAGUGCAUUUGCCCUUUGGGCUACACGGGCGGGCAUUGCGAGCUGGAGCUGGCGUCUGCAGGUGCCAUCAUGCCCUCUAAGGAUUUCAUUUUAGCCGUGAUCGUGUGCCUUUUGGUGUUGCUGGUCCUAGUGUUGGUGUUCGUGGUAUACAACAGACGCAGAGAGGCGCACAUCAAAUAUCCCGGCCCCGACGACGACGUCAGAGAGAACAUCAUCAACUACGACGACGAGGGAGGCGGCGAAGAUGACAUGACCGCCUUCGACAUCACGCCCCUACAGAUCCCCAUCGGCGGACCGAUACCCGAACUGGCCCCUCCUAAAAUCGGAUUUUCGAUGUUGGGAGUGGGACAAGAACCGAACGUCGGCGUUUUCAUCGACGAGCACAAGAAGCGAGCGGACGGCGACCCGAACGCGCCUCCUUUCGACGAUCUGCGGAACUACGCGUACGAGGGCGGCGGCAGCACUGCCGGAUCGCUCAGUUCUUUGGCAUCGGGUACUGACGACGAAGUUCAGGAGUACGAUUACUUGGGUGCCUGGGGACCGCGUUUCGAUAAGUUGGCAGACAUGUACGGCCCUGGCGAAGAGACUGAACAAGACGAAUAAGCAUACAGCCUACCCUCCUCUUUAGCGAAAAACACAUUCCUCCAUCUGAAAUGCUUUUCACGUAUAUCCUGCGUGUUCGAUGAGACUGUACGUUUGCGGUUAUACCGCAAUCUAAGAUAAUUCUAGAGAAUUUAUCUGGCACGUUUUUGUUCCAAAAAUACCACAUAAUAUAACCAUAAAGGUAACGAGUAGGAAUCUCUAUAGACUCUUGUGAUUCGUCAAUUUUGUCCAUACGGCUUUCUUAUCUUGAUUAGAGGUUCCAACAAGGAACGUGACGAACGUUCAAAACGCGUGAGAUGCAAAUAAUAAUAAUUGGAAUUAACGUAAACUGAAUGUGAAAUCAAUGUGAAAUAGUUCGUGAUAAUUACAUGAGAAUAUCGUGUGAAUCACGUGAGAUUAACCUGAAUGACAUAGAAAUUACGUCAAUAUAACGUUAUGAACCUGAAAAGCAACUCUACGUUGUUUUCAUACUCUUUCAAGGGACAGAUAGAAAAAUUGAAGAUUCGCAAAUUCAAAGAGAUAUCAUUUUAGACCUAUCCUGUUACGACCAUAGUCAUAGCUCUACGCCCACAAUAGAAUAAUAUUAACUAUAAGUAAAUAUAGUUAUUAUUCAGUAGCAGAAUGUUAUUUAUUGUAAUUGUAAGUUGUCCCACUGAUGAGUUGAAUGUGGCGGGCUAUGACUUCGGUUACUAACAAUAAUUUUAAAAUUUUUAGCUAGUGGAACUUUUGAUACCUAUACCUACUUCAUUGUUUAUCUCACUGCCAGUUCUCACUGAAACACUGCUCGUUUUACCAUCUUUUACAGCCCAGUCGACUUUAUGUGGUGUUUUGGGGAUGUGCCGCAUGUUGCAAUUAUUAAGAGAGAGUCUAAAUCUUUCGAAGAAUCACCAUCACGUGAUAUGUUGAGAUUCGUGCUUGUUUAGUGAUUUUUGCAAAACUGGUGGAGGCAUGGCGUAAGCCCAUUGGUAUACAAAUUUGGCCCGUUAAUAUUUCUAGAUUUAUCUGGGCAUGUAUCGAAAGUGUAUCACGUGAUUUAGUGUGACCGAUAUAAGGAUUUCGGGUAUAUAUGGGAAUUCUUCGGAAGAUAUAGCUUCAUGUCAAUCAUUCGUUGCAUAAGUUUUAAAUCCAAAGCACUAGGGAAGUUUGUUCGAUGCAAUUCGGUGGUAUACCUAAUUUUGUGAUGUUUGAUAAACUGAGGAUACCGAAAAAACGGAUAUGUGAGUGAAUGACUUCUUCCUGGAAAAAUGUAGACGAUUUCGGAGAGAACUUUUACUAUUCCAAAUUGGAAAGCUAUAAGUUUGUUCUACAAGCUCAUAAUGAAAUUCGGAAUACUCCUGGCCUAACAUAACUUGAUUAGAGGAAAAUAUAUCACAGUCAUCUCCAUGAAAAGAGGAGAUAAUAACAUAUGUCAACCGAUAAAAUGAAGGGUUUGAAUGUCGUACCGCAAUGUAUAAAAACUUAUGAUUUAGGGUACCUAUACCCUAUACCUAUGAAAGUGAAAGAGUUAUUUAGAACAAGAAUAAGAAUUGUUGUUAUACCAACUCUCAUCAUAGUUCUGCAUUAUUCUUCUAGCUGUACCCUAAAUUCUUAGUUUAUAUUUAUUGUUGUAGGGCCACUUUUCAACAAACACUAUAAAUGUUCAACUCCAGUGAAAGACCUUUUCAUCGUUUUUCCAAAUGUGAAGAUUUACAAGGUGUUAUUUAAGUAUCUGGUCAAACUUCAAGGGUUAAUCAUUUUGGUGAU